AUGUCGGAAUCUGAAGGCCAGAAAGACACCACUCCAGAGCCCUGUCCAGUGGAUGGGACAGGGCCUGGUCAUGAAUGGGGGCUGUGCCCUGGCCCCCCAAUCAAAGAUGAUGAAACCUGUGGAGCAUCGGGUCUGGGAAGUCCUAGGCGUAGGACCCAGCACAACAAGCAUAAGACAGUGCCAGUGGCCAGUGCACAGAGGUCACCUCGGGCGCUCUUUUGCCUCACCCUGGCCAACCCUCUUCGGCAAUCCUGCAUCAGCAUCGUGGAAUGGAAGCCCUUCGACAUCCUCAUCCUGCUGACCAUCUUUGCCAACUGCGUGGCUCUGGGGGUUUACAUCCCCUUCCCUGAGGAUGACUCCAACACUGCCAACCACAACCUGGAGCAGGUAGAAUAUCUUUUCCUAGUAAUUUUCACUGUGGAGACCAUGCUCAAGAUCGUGGCUUAUGGCCUGGUGCUCCACCCCAGUGCCUACAUCCGCAAUGGCUGGAACCUACUGGACUUCAUUAUCGUCGUUGUUGGGUUGUUCAGCGUGCUGCUGGAGCAGGGACCUGGGCGGCCAGGGGACACCCCACAUGCUGGAGGGAAGCCUGGGGGCUUUGAUGUGAAGGCAUUGCGGGCAUUUCGGGUGCUGCGGCCACUGAGGCUGGUGUCUGGGGUCCCAAGCCUGCACAUCGUGCUGAAUUCCAUCAUGAAGGCAUUGGUGCCUCUGCUGCACAUCGCACUGCUUGUGCUCUUCGUCAUCAUCAUUUAUGCCAUCAUCGGACUGGAGCUCUUUCUCGGACGCAUGCACAAGACUUGCUACUUCCUGGGAUCUGCCGUGGAGGCAGAGGAGGACCCGUCGCCCUGCGCGUCCUCAGGCUCCGGGCGUGUAUGCGUGCUAAACCACACGGAGUGCCGCGGGCGCUGGGCAGGACCCAACGGGGGCAUCACCAACUUCGACAAUUUCUUCUUCGCCAUGCUGACAGUCUUCCAGUGUGUCACCAUGGAAGGCUGGACUGACGUGCUCUACUGGAUGCAGGAUGCCAUGGGGUAUGAGCUGCCCUGGGUAUACUUCGUGAGCCUAGUCAUCUUUGGAUCCUUCUUCGUUCUCAACCUUGUCUUAGGUGUCUUGAGUGGGGAGUUCUCCAAAGAGAGGGAAAAAGCAAAAGCACGAGGGGACUUCCAGAAGCUUCGGGAGAAGCAGCAGUUGGAGGAGGACCUGCGGGGCUACCUAGAUUGGAUCGCCAAGGCUGAGGAGCUAGACACCGAGGAUCCCUCUAUAGGCGGCAGCUCCAGUUCUGUGGCUAAAGAGGGCUGGCCUGGCCACCGGCCUCAGCUGGCUGAGCUGACCAAUAAGAGACUUGGACAUCUGCACUGGUUCAGUCACUCCACCCGCUCCACACACUCCACCAGCAGCCAUGCCAGCCUUCCCGCCAGUGACACAGGUUCAAUGGUGGAAACCCCAGGAGAUGAAGACGAGGAGGAGGGGAUUCUGUCCAGCUGUACACCAUGCCUAAACAAGGUCAUGAAAACCAAGGUCUGCUACCGCCUCUGCCGAGCCAGCCGAGGCCUACGAGCACGAUGCCGGAGGGCCAUGAAAUCCAAUGCCUGCUACUGGGCCGUGCUGCUACUGGUCUUCCUCAACACACUGACCAUCGCCUCAGAGCACCACGGGCAGCCUGUGUGGCUCACCCAGACCCAGGAAUAUGCGAACAAAGUGCUGCUCUGCUUAUUCACGGUGGAGAUGCUUCUCAAGCUGUAUGGUUUGGGUCCCUCUGCCUACGUCUCCUCCUUCUUCAACCGCUUUGACUGCUUCGUGGUCUGUGGGGGCAUCCUGGAGACCACUCUAGUGGAGGUGGGUGCCAUGCAACCCCUGGGCAUCUCAGUGCUUCGCUGUGUGCGCCUCCUCAGGAUCUUUAAGGUCACCAGACACUGGGCCUCUCUGAGCAACCUGGUGGCAUCGCUACUCAACUCAAUGAAAUCCAUCGCUUCCCUGCUGCUUCUCCUCUUCCUCUUUAUCAUCAUCUUCUCUCUGCUUGGCAUGCAGCUGUUUGGGGGCAAGUUCAACUUUGACCAGACCCACACCAAACGAAGUACAUUUGACACCUUCCCCCAGGCCCUCCUCACUGUCUUUCAGAUUCUGACAGGUGAAGACUGGAACGUGGUCAUGUAUGAUGGCAUCAUGGCCUACGGUGGUCCCUUCUUCCCAGGGAUGCUAGUCUGCAUCUAUUUCAUCAUCCUCUUCAUCUGUGGCAACUGUAUCCUGGAUAUCCGGGAGAAGAGCACUGGAGGGAACUUCCCACAGGAGAAUGGGGUGUUGGUACCUGAUGGGGAGAACGAGGAAGAGGAAGGCGCCAAUUGUGAAGAAACAGGCAUGGAGGAGGAGGAGGAGGAAGAAGAAGAAGAAGGAGAUGCAGGACAUGUAGAAAUCCUGCAGGAAGUUGUACCCAAAGAGAAGGUGGUACCCAUCCCUGAGGGCAGCGCCUUCUUCUGCCUUAGCCAAACCAACCCGCUGAGGAAAGCCUGCCACACCCUCAUCCACCAUCAUAUCUUCACCAAUCUUAUCCUGGUCUUCAUCAUCCUCAGCAGUGUGUCCUUGGCUGCAGAGGACCCCAUCAGAGCCCAUUCCUUCCGUAACCACAUUCUGGGCUACUUCGACUACGCCUUCACUUCGAUCUUCACUGUGGAAAUUCUACUAAAGAUGACCGUGUUUGGGGCCUUUCUGCACCAUGGUUCCUUCUGUCGCAGCUGGUUCAAUCUGUUGGAUCUGCUGGUGGUCAGUGUAUCACUCAUCUCCUUUGGCAUCCACUCCAGUGCCAUCUCAGUGGUGAAGAUUCUGCGAGUACUCCGAGUACUGCGGCCCCUUCGAGCCAUCAACAGGGCCAAGGGACUCAAGCAUGUGGUCCAGUGUGUGUUCGUGGCCAUCCGGACCAUAGGGAACAUCAUGAUUGUCACCACACUCCUGCAAUUCAUGUUCGCCUGCAUUGGCGUGCAGCUCUUCAAGGGGAAAUUCUACAGUUGCACUGAUGAGGCUAAACACACGCCCCAAGAAUGCAAGGGCUCCUUCCUGAUCUACCCUGAUGGAGAUGUGUCACGGCCCCUGGUCCGAGAGCGGCUCUGGGUCAACAGUGAUUUCAACUUUGACAAUGUUCUUUCAGCCAUGAUGGCCCUGUUCACUGUCUCCACCUUCGAAGGCUGGCCUGCACUGCUAUAUAAGGCCAUUGAUGCGCAUGCAGAAGACAAGGGCCCCAUCUACAAUUACCGUGUGGGAAUCUCCAUGUUCUUCAUUGUCUACAUCAUCGUCAUUGCAUUCUUCAUGAUGAACAUUUUUGUGGGCUUUGUCAUCAUCACCUUCCGUGCCCAGGGUGAACAAGAGUACCAAAACUGUGAGCUAGACAAGAACCAGCGCCAGUGCGUGGAGUAUGCUCUCAAGGCCCAGCCACUCCGCCGCUACAUCCCCCAAAACCCGCAUCAGCACCGCGUGUGGGCCGCUGUGAACUCUGCUGCCUUUGAGUACCUCAUGUUCCUGCUCAUCCUGCUCAACACGGUUGCCCUUGCCAUGCAGCACUAUGAGCAGACUGCUCCUUUCAACUACGCCAUGGACAUCCUCAACAUGGCCUUCACUGGCCUCUUCACUGUCGAGAUGGUGCUCAAAAUCAUCGCCUUCAAACCCAAGCAUUACUUUACUGAUGCCUGGAACACAUUUGAUGCUCUCAUUGUGGUGGGAAGCGUGGUGGACAUCGCUGUCACCGAAGUCAAUAAUGGUGGACACCUUGGCGAGAGCUCUGAGGACAGCUCCCGCAUUUCCAUCACUUUCUUUCGCCUGUUCCGAGUCAUGCGACUGGUCAAGCUUCUCAGUAAGGGUGAAGGGAUCCGCACAUUGCUCUGGACGUUCAUCAAGUCCUUCCAGGCCUUGCCCUACGUGGCUCUCCUCAUUGCAAUGAUAUUCUUCAUAUAUGCAGUCAUUGGCAUGCAAAUGUUUGGCAAGGUGGCUCUUCAGGACAGCACGCAGAUCAACCGAAACAAUAACUUUCAGACCUUCCCACAGGCUGUGCUGCUUCUGUUCAGGUGUGCCACUGGAGAGGCAUGGCAGGAGAUCAUGCUCGCCAGCCUUCCCGGGAAUCGUUGUGACCCUGAGUCUGACAUCAACCCUGGCGAGGAGUUUAACUGUGGUAGCAAUUUUGCCUUCGCCUAUUUUAUCAGCUUCUUCAUGCUCUGUGCCUUCCUGAUCAUAAAUCUCUUUGUUGCCGUGAUCAUGGACAACUUUGAUUAUCUAACCAGAGACUGGUCCAUCCUGGGCCCCCAUCACCUGGAUGAAUUCAAGAGGAUCUGGUCUGAAUAUGACCCUGGGGCCAAGGGCCGAAUCAAGCAUCUGGAUGUAGUUGCCCUCCUGAGACGCAUCCAGCCCCCACUGGGAUUUGGAAAGCUGUGUCCACACCGAGUAGCCUGUAAGAGACUUGUGGCAAUGAACAUGCCCCUCAACUCAGACGGAACAGUGACGUUCAACGCCACACUCUUUGCCCUGGUUCGGACAUCUUUGAAGAUCAAAACAGAAGGGAAUCUGGAGCAAGCCAACCAGGAGCUGCGAAUCGUCAUCAAAAAGAUCUGGAAGCGGAUGAAGCAGAAACUUCUGGAUGAGGUCAUCCCCCCACCGGACGAGGAGGAGGUCACCGUGGGAAAAUUCUACGCAACAUUUCUGAUCCAGGACUACUUCCGAAAAUUCCGGAGGAGAAAAGAGAAAGGGCUACUAGGGACUGAGGCCCCUCCCAACACCUCCUCUGUCCUUCAGGCUGGUCUGAGGAGCCUACAGGACUUGGGGCCUGAGAUCCGACAAGCCCUCACCUGUGACACAGAUGAGGAUGAAGAGAGGCAGGAGGGAGAGGAGGGGAAAGAUAAGAAGGACUCAGAAACCUAUGACGCCCCAGAGGGCUCUCAGCCCCCAUCUCGCAGGAGUUCUAUGAUUUCUGCGUCUCUGCCCGUUGGAGACAAACUCCCAGACUCACUGUCCCUUGGGCCCAGUGAUGAUGAUGGGGUUGCUCCCAACUCCAGACCCUCCAGUGUGCUGCAGGCUGGAUCCCACACUUGGAGGAAAAGCUCCGGAAGUCUCAUGUUCACUAUCCCGGAAGAAGAAGGGACUAAGCCCAAGGGAACCAAAGGGCAGGACAAGCAGGAUGCAAAAGAGGGAGUCUCGAACCUGCUCUCCUUCCUAGAUGAGCAGGCAGGGAACCCCCCACAUCUGGUCUUUUUACCACCUCGCAGACCCCAGAGAUAUGUGCAAGGACACCAAGUCCCCCGUCGCCGUCUGCUGCCUCCCACCCCUGCAGGUCGGAAGCCUUCCUUCACCAUCCAGUGUCUGAGGCGCCAGGGCAGCUGUGAGGAUUUACCCAUCCCUGGCACCUAUCACCGUGGGCGAAACUCAGGGCCCAACAGGAUGCAGGGUUCCUGGGCAAGCCCUCCUCAGCAGGGUCGGCUCCUCUAUGCCCCACUCUUCCUGGUGGAGGAGGGCGCAGCGGGGGAAAGGUACAUCGGCAAAUCCAGAGGUCCACUUCAGACCUUCACCUGUCUUCACCUGCCUAGCACCCAUUCGGAGCCCACCCACGGCAAGAGGGGCAGUGCCGACAGCUUGGUGGAGGCUGUGCUCAUCUCCGAGGGACUAGGCCUCUUUGCCCGAGACCCACGCUUCGUGGCCCUGGCCAAGCAGGAAAUUGCAGAUGCUUGCCACCUGACCCUGGACGAAAUGGACAGUACUGCCAGUGACUUGCUGGCCCAGAGGGCCAGCCCACGUUAUAGCGACGAGGAGUCUGCCCUCUCCCGCUCAGACGAAGAGGACCUGAGAGAUGAGAUGGACUGUGUACAUGCCCUCUGA